AUGUCUAAAGCAGUCGGUAUUGACUUAGGUACUACCUAUUCGUGUGUUGCGCACUUUGCCAACGACAGAGUCGAGAUUAUCGCCAAUGACCAAGGUAACAGAACCACUCCAUCGUUCGUUGCCUUCACAGACACCGAGAGACUGAUCGGUGAUGCCGCUAAGAACCAGGCUGCCAUGAACCCAGCCAACACUGUCUUCGAUGCCAAGAGACUGAUUGGUAGAAAGUUUGAUGAUCCUGAAGUGCAAAACGAUGUGAAGCACUUCCCAUUCAAGGUCGUCGAGAAGGGUGGAAAGCCACACAUCCAGGUCGAGUUCAAGGGUGAAACCAAGGUGUUCACUCCAGAAGAGAUCUCCUCUAUGGUGUUGACCAAGAUGAAGGAGACCGCCGAGUCUUUCCUCGGAACCACCGUUAAGGACGCUGUGAUCACUGUUCCGGCUUACUUCAACGAUUCCCAAAGACAGGCCACCAAGGAUGCUGGUUUGAUUGCUGGCCUGAACGUCAUGAGAAUCAUUAACGAGCCUACUGCUGCCGCCAUUGCUUACGGUCUGGACAAGAAAAGCCAGGGUGAACAGAACGUUCUGAUUUUCGAUCUUGGUGGAGGAACCUUCGAUGUUUCCCUUCUGUCUAUUGAGGACGGUAUCUUCGAGGUCAAGGCUACCGCUGGUGACACCCACUUGGGUGGUGAGGACUUCGACAACAGACUUGUCAACCACUUCAUCAACGAAUUCAAGAGAAAGAACAAGAAGGAUAUUUCCACCAACCAGAGAGCUCUGAGAAGACUCAGAACCGCCUGUGAAAGAGCCAAGAGAACCCUUUCCUCCUCAGCUCAAACAUCGCUGGAGAUUGACUCGCUGUACGAGGGUAUUGACUUCUACACUUCGAUCACCAGAGCCAGAUUCGAGGAGCUGUGUCAGGACCUCUUCAGAUCCACCUUGGAUCCUGUCGAGAAGGUGUUGAAGGACGCCAAGCUGGACAAGUCUCAAGUCAACGAGAUUGUGCUUGUUGGUGGUUCCACCAGAAUUCCAAAGGUGCAGAAGCUUGUUUCGGACUUCUUCAACGGUAAGGAGCCAAACAGAUCCAUCAACCCAGAUGAGGCCGUUGCCUACGGUGCUGCUGUGCAGGCUGCUAUCUUGACCGGUGACACUUCUUCCAAGACCCAAGACCUGCUUCUUUUGGACGUUGCUCCACUGUCGCUCGGUAUCGAGACCGCUGGUGGUGUGAUGACUAAGCUGAUUCCAAGAAACACCACCAUUCCAACCAAGAAGUCUGAGAUCUUCUCGACCUACUCGGACAACCAGCCAGGUGUGCUCAUCCAGGUCUACGAAGGUGAGAGAGCCAGAACCAAGGACAACAACCUGCUUGGUAAGUUCGAGCUCUCUGGCAUUCCACCGGCUCCAAGAGGUGUUCCUCAAAUUGAGGUCACCUUCGAUAUCGACGCCAACGGUAUUUUGAACGUGUCCGCUGUCGAGAAGGGUACCGGAAAGUCCCAGAAGAUCACCAUCACCAACGACAAGGGUAGAUUGUCGCAGGAGGAGAUCGAGAGAAUGGUUUCUGAGGCCGAGAAGUACAAGGAGGAGGAUGAGAAGGAAGCUAAGAGAAUUGCUGCUAAGAACGGUCUUGAGUCUUACGCUUACUCCUUGAAGCAAACUGCUUCUGAGAAGCAAUUCGAAGAGAAGGUGGAGGCUUCCAAGAGAGAGGCUUUGACCAAGGCUUGCGAUGAAACCAUUGCUUGGCUGGACGAGAACCAGACCGCUACUGCUGAGGAGUACGACGACAAGAGAAAGGAGUUGGAGCAAGUCGGUAACGACGUUCUGAAAGACUUGUAUGCCGAAGGUGGUAUGCCAGGUGGUGCUCCAGGUGGAUUCCCAGGUGCCGGUGGUGCUCCAUCCACUGAGGAGACACAAGGCCCAACUGUUGAGGAGGUUGAUUAG